AUGAAACACAACGAUAUACAUAUAGCAACUUUAAACUGUCGAACACUAGGAACCACGGAAAAACUACAAGAACUAGAAUUAGCAUUGAAUGAAAUAAAAUGGGACAUAAUUGGUAUAAGUGAAGUAAGAAGACUAGGGGAAAGAAUAGAAGACCACGGAAAAUACGUACUGCAUCAUAUAGGAGAGACGCCAGGAUUAUAUGGAGUCGGAUUCAUGAUCAAAAAAAACCUAGUUAAAAACAUCCAAGAACUUAAGGGAAUUUCGGAACGAAUUGCACUUCUCAACAUUCAACUACCUGUAGAUGGAGAGGAUAAACAAGUAUGGUCUAUAAUCCAAGCGUAUUCGCCCACCGAAUCAAACAGAAAAGAAGACAUAACAAAAAUCGAAAAAUUUUACGAAGACCUCCAAUACACCACUGCAAGCGCAUCAAGAAACAUGAUAAUUAUGGGCGACUUUAAUGGACAGAUUGGGAAACAAAAAAGUGGAGAAGAAGAAACUAUAGGAAGUAACGGAUUUGGGAAUAGAAGUAGAAACGGUGCACGAUUAGUAUCUUUUGCUAAGGAAAAUAAAUUAAGCAUCCUAAACAGUUUUUACAAAAAGAAACCAUCUAAGAAAUGGACAUGGAUUUCUCCUAAUGGACAAUAUAAAAAUGAGAUCGACUAUAUUAUGUCAAACAAUAGAAAAGUUUUUAAAGAUCUGUGUGUUUUAAGCAAUUUUAAUUUUAAUUCAGAUCACAGAAUAAUUAGGGCAAAACUAUCAGGGACACGUUAUAAAAGAGCACGACAGUUUCAAAAUAAGAUUAAAGGCAUCGAAUGUACCGGUAGCGCUGAUCUUCUUCUAAACAACCUCGAAAUAUCCUUCCAAAGUAUGAAAAUAGAACGUAUGUCGACUCAAGAAAAAUACACCAGAUUGCUCAAACAGUUAAAAACAGAAACUAAAAAAAUAGCAGCAAUAAGUAAAAAGAUUAGCGAGCAACUUAGAAAAGAACGAAGAAGAAAAAGGUUAACAACACUAAGAAAACAUAUCGAAAAAACAGGAGGAAUCAAGAAGGCACUAAAAGAAAUGAACUACAAAAAGGACUGGAUUCCUAAUAUGAAAAAUAAAGAUUGCGCAAAAACUAGCAAAAGACCAGAAAUAUUAAGAAUUGCUACAGAAUAUUACCGAAAUUUAUACCAAAGUCGUAAAGGAGAACAAGUUAUAAAGGAAUAUAAUUCAGUAAACGCAGAGGAGAUUGAACCAAUUCUAAAGGCAGAAACAAUAAAAUCUAUUAAAACACAAAAACUAGAUAAAGCACCCGGAUCAGAUCUAAUCACAAAUGAACUGCUAAAAGCAACGUUACCUGUGAUAGCGCCAAUACUUACAGAUCUGUUCAACGAAAUCCUCGAAACGGAAACCAUCCCAGAAGACUGGACUAAAUCGACAAUCACACUGAUACAUAAGAAGGGAGACAAAG